AUGGGCUCGCAAUCGAAGCUCGCCUUGCCAGGCGACCGCACCCUCAAGGGCAUCAUAUCUCAGCUUACCGGUCUCUACGUUUCUAAUCGCACACGCAUCUCACGCACCGUAUGGAUCACUUUGUUCGCUGCUCUAGUCAAUCGAAUCCGACUUGCCAUUUCCGAGCAAAAGGCAGCAUCGGUGCGCGAAGCUGCCCAGCGCGCUGCUCGUCGCGGUACCACCUCGAGUGGAAGCGAAGAAACGCCAAGAAAGAAGGUGGAAUUGAAUCGCGAGUUCUUCCGAUCGCUUCUAAAGCUCCUUAAGAUCGUUGUACCAGGAUGGCGCAGUAAAGAAUCAAGGCUGUUGAUGAGCCACACUUUCUUCUUGGUUCUCAGGACGCUCAUUAGUGUGCGCGUAGCUGAGAUGGAUGGUGCUAUAGUUAAGGCCUUGGUGAAGGGUAACGGAAAGGAAUUCUUGAAACGAAUAGUAUGGUGGAUGCUGAUUGCGGUCCCCGCAACCUUUACCAACUCUAUGCUAUCAUACCACCAAGCCGAGUUAUCGCUCAAGUAUCGAUCACGGCUUACACAACACAUUCACGACAAAUAUUUAUCCAACUUGACCUUCUACGGUAUCUCAGCUUUGGAUGACAGAAUAAAGAACCCUGAUCAGUUGAUUGCGGUUGACGUAUCAAAGUUCUCUAACAGUCUGGCUGAGCUGUACAGCAAUUUAGCUAAACCUCUGUUAGACAUGACUAUAUAUACCUGGUCUUUAUCAAAGAGCGUCGGUGGCGAAGGCGUCGUCUUCAUGUCGCUUCUGGUACAGUUAUCAGCCAAUGUGAUGAGGGCGUUGACUCCUCCGUUUGGAAAAUACGUUGCCGAUGAAGCACGAUUAGAGGGCGAAUUCCGUUUCCAACACUCGCGCCUCAUCGAUUACAGUGAGGAAAUCGCCUUGUAUGGUGGCCACAACGCCGAGAAAGACACGCUCGACAAGGGUUACUUUACUCUCAUCAAACACGUCAACUACAUCCUUCGACGACGAUUCUACCACGGAUUUAUGGAAGAUUUCGUCAUCAAGUAUUUCUGGGGUGCCCUUGGUUUGAUGCUUUGCAGUGUCCCUGUCUUUAUCAAGAUGCCUGGCCACAUCGCAAUGAACAUGGGUGACCGAACGGAAGCCUUUGUCACAAACAGACGAAUGCUUCUCUCCGCAUCCGACGCUUUCGGUCGCAUCAUGUUCUCCUAUAGGGAAGUGAUGGAGCUAGCAGGUUACACGUCCCGAGUCGCUACUCUUUUGGACGUCAUGACCGACGUGCAGGCCGGUCACUUCGAGAAGAAGCUCGUGUCUUCUUCGGGUAUAGAGGGCAAUGAGGCAGUACUCAAGGGUCGUGGAACAGUACACGAGAGUAACGACAUCACCUUUAUUGAUGUGCCUAUCAUCUCCCCUAAUGGAGACGUACUGAUCAAGGCCCUGUCUUUCACUCUCAAGCACGGCGAUCACUUGCUCGUUGUUGGUCCCAAUGGCUGCGGCAAGUCAUCCCUAUUUCGAAUUCUUGGUGGGCUUUGGCCUGUUUACGGAGGCACUGUUUACAAGCCUCCCUUCCACGCCAUCUUCUACAUCCCCCAGCGCCCUUAUCUAUCUCGAGGCUCUCUCCGCCAGCAAAUCAUCUAUCCAGACUCCCUCCGCCAGAUGCGUGCCCGCGGCAUCACCGAUGCAGAUCUCGUUGAGUACCUCAAGAUUCUAGGACUCGAACACCUUCCUGGAUUAUACGUCGAAGGAUGGGACGCCGAGGCUGAGUGGCGCGACGUCCUUUCAGGUGGUCUUCAACAGCGUAUCGCCAUGGCACGUCUCUUUUACCAUCGCCCCAAGUACGCCAUUCUCGACGAAUGUACCAGCAGUGUCACCCUCGAAAUAGAGAAGGCAAUGUACGAUACAGCAAAGUCGCUAGGUGUUACUCUCAUGACAGUCAGCCAUCGCCGAAGCCUAUGGAAAUACCACUCCCACAUUCUUCAAUUCGAUGGCCAAGGCAAUUACGUCUUUACCAAGCUUGAUGCUGAUCGACGUCUCAAACUUGAGGAUGAGAAGGAGGACCUCGAGGUCCGGUUGCGCCAGGUUCCGGAGCUGGAGCGUCGCAUUGCUGAAUUAACAGCUGCUUAG